AUGGACAUCCAAGGGCCUACCAGACGGUGCGCCGUGCUGCUACACCUGGUGGGGCCUGACAUAGCCGAUGUCAGCGACUCCCUGCCGGAAGAGGAGGCAGAAGGACCGGAGGAAGACGAGUUCACCCGGCUAAAAAGGAAGUUGGUACGGUACCUGGUGCCAAGGAAUAACGUCGUGGCUGAACGAGGGAAAUUCCAAGGAAUGACAAUGGAGCCGGAGGAAAGCCUGGAGGACUUCCUGGCCAGGCUACGGACCCAAAUCCUGCGCUGCGGCUACGAGCCGGCGCAGGUGAACCGGGAGCUGCGAGACCGCUGCGUCCUGGGCAGCCGAGGCGAGCUGCAGCGGAAGCUGGUGAGGGAAGCGGCACUGAAGGGCGACGAACUCAACCUGGAGGAUGUCCGGCGGACGGCACGCGCCCACCGGGACGUCAUGGACCUGACGACUCGGUUGUCAGGGGCGCCGGUGCCGGCUGCGACGGACGGGGAGGCAGUCCAGGUGGUGAGACGCCAGCGGCGGGCGGAGACGGCCAGGCCGGCCGAGCGCCCGGGACCGGGCUCGUGCUUCGGCUGCGGAGGCCGGGGACACUGGCGGCGGGACUGUCCGACGGCCAGGGCGGACUCGGCGCCGGAGAGGGCGCGCCCUCCGGCGGCAGGAGCGGUGCAGCAGCGCGGAGUGUCUCGCCCGCCCGGCCCGGCAGACGGCGGUCGGCGAGACAGCAGACGCGGCGGACCGCUCGAGAAGAGGAGGUGCUUCAAAUGUGGCAGAACUGGACACCUGAAGCGGGACUGUCCAGGAAUCGGACAGGUGGCGUCCGUGGAGGAGGAUGUCGUGAUGACGGUGGCGCAGCUGACGAGCCAGGACCGGCUGCCACUGGUAACUCUGUCUGUCAACGGCCGGGAGACUGAGAUGCUGGUUGACACCGGGUCACCAGUGUCGAUCGUGGCGGACGGCAGCAUCCCGGGACUGAAGCUGAGACCGUCCAAGAUGCAGCUACGCUCGUUCACGGGUCAGCCGGUGCCGGUCCGCGGCGAGGCGACCGUGCAGACGGAGUAUGGCGGCCAGCGGAAGCGGCUGAACGUGGUUGUCAGCGGUCAGCUCCGACACCACCCGCUGCUGGGGCGCGACUGGCUGCGUGAAAUACGUCUGGACUGGCGGUCGCUGCUGCAGGUCAGCGAGGCCAGCAAAGUGAGCGGCGGGCGGACGCUGAGCUCAGUGACGGCGGCGCACGCAGCAGUGUUUGCAGGGGGCCUCGGCACGAUGGAGCAGCGCGCGCACCUGACCCUAAAGCCGGACGCGGUGCCGCGGCGGCUACCACCGCGACCCGUACCAUACGCGCUGCUGCCGCAAGUGGAGGCCGAGCUGGACCGAUGGGUCAGAGACGGGAUAGCAAGAAAGGUCGACCCGUCCGAAACCAGUACAGGCUGGGGCACGCCACUGGUUCCGGUGCCGAAGCCGGGAGGCGGGGUGAGGCUCUGUGCGAGCUACAACCUCACAGUGAACCCGCAGCUGAUCGUCAAGCACCACCCGCUGCCGAAGCCGGAAGAUGUGUUCGCAGGGGUGAGUGGCAAGCUGUUCUGCAAGCUGGACCUAAAGCAUGCGUACCAGCAGAUGCCGCUCGAUGAGGAGUCUCGAGCAAUGACGACCGUCAGCACUCACAAGGGCGAAUUCGUCAUGAAGAGACUGCCGUUCGGGGUCGCCAGUUCCGGCGCCCUCUUCCAGGAGGCCAUGGACCGGGUCCUGGAAGGACAGGAGGGAUGCCGGUGUUACCUGGAUGACCUACUGGUGUUCGGAGCGGACGAGCAACAGCUGCUGCAGCGGCUGGACGAGAUCCUCGGAAGACUGGAGCGGCAGGGCCUGCGGCUGGCGGCGCAGAAAUGCCAGCUGGCGGUGCCAGAAGUCGAGUUCCUGGGGUGGAAGGUGACGGCUGAGGGCAUCGCACCGACUGACGGCGGUGUAGCAGCAGUGCUGCAGGCACCGGAGCCGACGGACGUCAGCCAACUGAGGUCGCUCCUGGGCUCCAUCACCUACUUCGGGCGUCUGCUGCCCGAUCUGUCGACAGUGCUGGCGCCGCUCUAUCAGCUGACCAAGAAGGGCGUGCCGUGGGCAUGGACAGAGCAGUGCGCCAAGGCGGUGGAGAAGGUGAAACGGAUGCUGACUAGCCCGCCGGUGUUGAUGCGGUAUGACCCGGACCUGCCGCUGAGGCUCGUGACAGAUGCCAGCAGUGUGGGUGUCGGCGCGGCGCUGGUUCACGUGACACCGGACGGGGCGGAGAGGCCGGUGAUGUAUGCGUCACGGACGCUGACGCCCACAGAAAGGAAGUACCCACAAGUCGAGCGCGAGGCGGCGGCGGUGUCAUUCGGGAUAACCCGCUUCCAUCGGUUCCUGUACGGGCGGCCUUUCACGCUCGUGGUGGAUAAUAGGGCUCUAUCCCGGAUCCUGAGCCCGGACAGAGACCUGCCGAGCCUGGCGGCCGCCCGCCUCCAGAGGUACGCGCUGCAGCUGGCGGCGUACAGCUACGCAGUGGAGCUGCGCCGGUCCGAGCACAUGCACAUGGCCGACAGUCUGUCGCGCCUGGCCAUGCCGUGCUCGGGUGUCGAGCGAGAGAAGAUCGACAGAGAAGGAGCCGACGUCAGCUUCCUGUGCUACAUGGAAGGCGCGGCGCCGGUGCUGACGGCAGAGGCGCUUGCGUCAGCCACGCGGCGCGAUCCAGUGCUGGCCAGGGUGCUAACGUUCGUCCGGUGCGGUUGGCCGGCUGAGGUCGAGCCGGAGCUGGUGCCUUUCAAGCGGCGCCAGGACGAGCUGUCGACGGAGGGCGAGUGUCUCGUGUGGGGCGGCCGUGCUGUCAUCCCACAGCAGCUCCGGGCGCGGGUGCUGCGUGAGCUGCAUGAGGGGCACCUCGGCAGCUCAAAAAUGAAAAACUUGGCUCGGCGAUAUGUGUGGUGGCCGGGGCUGGAUGCAGAGCUCGAGGGCGCGGCACGCGAUUGCGCAGAGUGCAUGGACAAGCGAGGAGCGCCGCCACACAGUGAUCGGCACCCGUGGGAGCCGGCCGGAGGCCCGUGGGAGCGUAUCCACAUAGACUAUGCGGGCCCCUUCCAGGGCUUGAACUUUCUGGUGGUGUGCGACAGCUAUACCAAGUGGCUGGAGGUGAUCCCGAUGCGAGAGACGGGCACAGAGAGCACUGUGAGAGAGCUGCGGGCGAUGUUUGCGCGUUUCGGCAUCCCCCGCCAACUCGUGUCGGAUAAUGGUGCUCAGUUCACCUCUGCUCCGUUCGCUGCAUUCCUGAGCAACAAUGGAGUGCGGCACGUCAGGGUGGCACCAUAUCACCCGAGCAGCAACGGAGCGGCGGAGCGGGCGGUGCAAACGGCCAAGAACGGACUGAAGGCGGCCCUGCGGGAUGGUGGUUCUCUGUCACAGCGGCUGCAGAAGUUUCUGCUGGCCUACCGGGCGGCACCGCACUCGGGCACGGGACGAUCGCCAGCCGAAAUGAUGUUCGGCCGGAACGUGCGGACGCGGCUGGAUAUGCUGCGGCCCGAUCCGAUGGACAGGUUUCGGGAUCAGCAGCAACGGCAACGGGAGGCGGCAGGCGGCCGGCACAGGGAGCUGAACAUCGGAGACACGGUGUGGGCUAGAUGUUACAGCGGCCCGCAGAAGUGGAGACUGGGGACGGUGGCCGCACGGACCGGACCGGUGUCGUAUGAGAUAGCUGUUGCCGAUGCUCUCUGGUCGCGGCACGUCGAUCAACUCAUCAGCGCGGAGCCAGUGCGGACCGGCCAGCGGGCGGCCGCUGCCGGGACGGACCGGCCAGCGGCGCUCGGCGAGCCCGGUUGA